AUGACCCGCGGGGCGAAGAAUGGACAGUCCCUGGGUCAACAACUGCGUCGGCGAGUACAACCAAAAAUUCUUCCUGCAGUUCUUGUUCUACGCGUGGCGCUAACGAGCGGCUUUUCGUUAGGAUCUGUAAUGUUGUCCUGGGCCUACCACAAUGAAAACGGGAGCACCGGAGCCAAGGGACCAAACGGGCCAAAUGUGCACCACGCGAAAGUACUUCACACCAUCGUGCUUUCCAUCGAGUCGCUGCUAUUUGGGAUGUUUGUGAUAGCUGUUUCCUGCGAUCAGCUACAAGCAAUCUGGCACGACGAGACGGCUGUUGAAGCAGUUCAGCGACGAGGACUGCGCUCAACGCGAAGAAAGAAGUCGUCCUGGGCUGCGCUGACUCAAGUCUGUGGUCAUGGCGGACUACUUACAUGGCUGCUGCCCUGCUCGAGCGGGCCGCGCAUCUCCGAAGUCAGCCCCGGCGACAUCCAUACCCAUUUUACCGUC